GCGGCUCGCCGCGCGGGCCCCCGUAAGGCCGCCAACGGUUGUCAAGACGACGACGCGGAAAGUUUAGUUUCCGGGUCAAGCCGCGGCGCUUGCUGGGACUCCAGGUUCCCCGUGGCGGCUCUUCCUGGUUUGCGGGAGGGACCUGGCCGGCGUCGGAUCGCCUCGGGCUUGGGAGGGGAGAUUGGGAGCCGGCGCGCCACCAGUUUUGACCCUCCGGGCGGUCCCGCCGCGGGCCCAACUGGACAAGAUGACGAGCCUGGGCACCAGCAGCCAGACUGUGACCGAGUAUGUGGUCCGCGUUCCCAGGAACAACCUCAAGAGGUACAACAUCAUGGCGUUCAACGCGGCCGACAAAGUCAACUUCUCCACCUGGCACCAGGCCAAGAUGGAACGGGAUCUGAGCAACAAGAAGAUCUACCAGGAGGAAGAGAUGCCAGAAUCUGGGGCUGGCAGUGAGUUUAACCGGAAGCUCCGGGACGAGGCCAGGAGGAAGAAGUACGGCAUCAUUCUCAAGACCUUCAAGGCUGAAGACCAGCCCUGGCUCCUCAAAGUCAAUGGCAAAACAGGCAGGAGGUUCAAGGGGGUGAAGAAGGGCGGGGUGACAGAGAACACCUCGUACUACAUCUUCACCCAGUGCCCCGACGGGGCCUUCGAAGCCUUCCCCGUGCACAACUGGUACAACUUCACUCCGCUGGCGCGGCACCGGACGCUCACGGCCGAGGAGGCCGAGGAGGAAUGGGAAAGGAGGAACAAAGUCCUGAACCACUUCAGCAUCAUGCAGCAGCGGCGGCUGAAGGACCAGGACCACGACGAGGAUGAAGAUGAGCAUAAAGAGAAGAAGAACCGGAAGAAGCCCAGUGAGCUCCGCAUCCACGACCUGGAGGACGACCUGGAGAUGAGCUCUGAUGACAGCAAUAGCAGUGGGGAGGAGGGAGAGAAGGUCCCCAAGAGCAAGAAGAAGGCGGCUCCCUCCAGGGGGGGCAAGAAGAAGAAGAAGAAGGGCUCUGAUGAUGAGGCCUUUGAGGACAGCGAUGAUGGGGACUUUGAGGGCCAGGAGGUGGACUACAUGUCAGAUGGCUCCAGCAGCUCUGAGGAGGAGGCAGUAGGGAAAGCCAAGGUGGUCCAGCAGGAGGAGGAUGGCCCUAAAGGUAUUGAUGAGGAAAGUGAAAGCAGUGAGGAGAGUGAGGAAGAGAAGCCCCCUGAGGAGGAGGAGAAGGAGGAAGAAGAUAAGAAGGCCCCCAACCCGCAGGAGAAGAAGAGGAGGAAAGGAGACAGCAGCGAGGAGUCGGACACCUCCGAGGAGAGCGACAUCGACAACGAGGCAUCCUCGGCCCUCUUCAUGACUAAGAAGAAGACCCCCCCCAAGAGGGAGCGGAAGGCCUCGGGCAGCAGCUCCAGGGGCAACAGCCGCCCGAGCACUCCUAGCGUGGACAGCGGCAGCACGUCCUCCACCCUGCGGGCAGCCGCCAGCAAGCUGGAGCAAGGGAAGCGGCAGACGGGACCCAGUGAUACGCCUGCUGCCAAGCGCCUGAGGCUGGAUGCCGGGCCUCAGAGCAUCUCAGGGCGGGGGGGGUUGGGGCCAAGCUGGGCAGCACCUCUGUCCCCUGACCCUGACCUUUCUCCCCCCAGUGAUGUGCAGGUGACAGAGGACGCGGUCAGGCGCUACCUGACCCGAAAGCCCAUGACCACCAAGGACCUGCUGAAGAAGUUCCAGACCAAGAAGACGGGGCUCAGCAGCGACCAGACAGUCAACGUGCUGGCCCAGAUCUUGAAGCGCCUCAACCCGGAGCGCAAGAUGAUCAAUGACAAGAUGCACUUCUCUCUCAAGGAGUGAGGCGGCCGCCGGGACACAGCCGGGGCAAUAAAAGCAGUUCAGUCUUUU